AAUUAACCCUCCUUUCUUAUUCCCUUUUUUAUAACCUUACUUCUGUUCUUCUGUCUGGCUCAAACCUUCUCUGAAUCUUCAAUUAUCUGCUCUCUUCACCUCAAUUUCUUUUAUUCCAUUUGUCUCUUUUUUUGCAUAUUUUCUUUCUCUCUCAUCUCUGACAUUUUUUCUUCUUUUUCCUUUCACUUUAACGCUCCCUCCUCUUGCAUUCUCCUGUCCUUCAUUCACCGCCGUCCCUCUCUCUUCAGUUGUCCAUGGAGGACACUACUUCCAUUCUGCCUCGUCUCAAGAGGAAGUCUGCCAACUCCUACGGGAUCGGUGCCCUGGCUAAGUCCUCUCUGUCAGGUGUGACUCGCUCCAUGAAGGACAAAGUGACCAAGCCCACCGCCAUGGCACAGGGCCGUGUCGCCCACAUGAUCGAGUGGCAGAGCUGGGGCAAACCAUCUGCGGGGCCGAUGGGGGGCGCGGGACAUUCCAACCUGCAGAGGGAAAAAGAGAGGAGGAUGGAGAAUGACGCUUACAGCGACCUCAGUGAUGGCGAGAAGGAGGCUCGCUUCGCUGCAGGCAUCAUGCAGCAGUUUGCUAUAUCUGAAGCAACUCUGUUUGGCUGGAACUCGAUGGAUGGGGAGAGUAUGGGAGCCGGCUCCAACCAGGGCAGCGUCGCUCACCUCAGUGAGGUCAACCAGGAGAGCAUCACUAGCAGAGACCAGGUGCUCCACCACUCCUCUGCAGAUGUCUGGCCUCACACCUACGUCUCACAGGGCCUGUACUGCCUGUCGUCCUCGGACGCAUGGGACCCAAUCACCAGCCAGCCCUCGGGCAUGGCCUCUCCUGGUGGGGGCUCCUACAUAAUGGCUGCUGGUGGCAGCAGUGGAGCAGGGGGUACACCUGGUGAGGGGUAUGAGGGGACAGUAGGCAGUUACCUUCAACAGCACCAGGCUCAUCUCGCCCUGCAGCAGCACAGCCAACUGCAACAGCUCCAACAGCUCCACCACUACCAGCAGCAACAGCUCCUGCAGUACCAACAACAGCAGCAGUCUAUGGAGCACAGGCCACACAGCGCCUCCCAUUCCCUUCAAGCCACUCCCAACAGCACCAUUCACAGUCUAGGUCCUCCCACCCACCCUCGGCUAGCUGACCUGUGGGGAGCUGCACAGGUCGAGGCACACCAUGUGGACAUCGUCCAGCAGCUGAGUGGACAGAUGGCUGAAAUGGUCGGAGGAGUGGUAGAGACAGUCGGCGAAGAGCCGGAGCCCGAGUCUGUAGGGAUCCUAGAGCAGCAUGAAGAGGAAGAGGAGGAGCUGACAAAGGUAGAAGAGGUUACAUUAACCUUGGAGCCAGAGCCAUGCUCUUUGACCCCAUCACCUCUGAGGGAGGACGCCCCCUCCACCAGAGGUUCAAGUCCAGGACUGCCAGCACAGAGCACAGAAUCUGCGGCAGAGAGAAUACCGUUCGAAGUCACGCCCUGUGUUGUCCAGUUGCUGGAGGAGAAAGAGGAGGAGGCAGAGGAGGGCCCUGUUGUUUUUGUUGCAACCAACUAAAUUACAUAGGACCAGAAAAAAACUGGCAAAACAGCAAAUAAAUACUUCAAUAAUCAAUCAAGCUAUUCUAUCCCCACCCCGACACCCUCCCAACUAUUUACCCACUUGGAGUCGGAGGAAAUAUGAGAAGACUUUUUCAGACGUUGGAUGUAAUGUACACAAACUAAACGCUAAGAAGAAAUGAGGCCUAUAACGUAUGUGAUGAUGAACACAUAACAUUUAAGGCAAACAAGAGAUUCAAACUGAGUGACUGCUGAACUCAACUGUGUGUAGAUGGAUUCACAAAAAGUCUGGACCACGCGGACCAAAGAACCAGGAGUUACAUUCUGUAAAGACAUGGAUGUGUGGAGACUAAAGAGAAAACAGAUAGGGCCUAUUUAAAUAUUCAGUGCAAUACAACAAACUUGGACUCAAUAAGAACUGGGGUUAGUAUUUGCAAAUAAUUCUAAGAGGUUUGUUCAUGUUGCAGAAGCACUGAAGAUAGAAUUUUGUUCCAUCUAAGCGAUCCUGCAGGACCUGGAUACAAAGAAGAGGUUUGAUUUACAGGUUGGUGCGUUUGUCUUUGUCUGAGCCACAUGAGGUGUUCCUAUAAAGAUACAGCAGACAGAUAUGAGGCUGCCAAACCUACUUGGAGUCAUUUGCAAACACAUAAAUGGACACAACCAAAAGAAAGUGCAUGCUUUUUAACAGUGACCUAGCCCUUACAGUAUAACACGGUAUACAAAGUAAUAAUAUAUCAAAUUGCUUUUUAUAAAAACUAAAAAUCCAUAAACUGAUGUGUUCUAGUAUGAAUGUAAGGCUGUAUGUAUGUAUGUAUGAAUGUAGCUUUGUUUGUGUGUUAAA